AAAACAACUACUCUGUCUGUAAAUUGUUGAUGUUGCCAGUAGGAAAAACAAUGGAGCCAGGAAAAGCUCAAUGGAGCGACGAGGAGGUAAAAGCCCUCCUUGCUAUUUAUUCAACUGCGAGCAUCCAAAGAGGACUUGAGGGGUCGCAACGCAACAUAAAAAUAUUUGCCGAGAUAAGCGCACAACUGGAGAAGGCUGGGGUUUACCACAGCGCAAAACAAUGUAGGGAAAAAAUGAAGAAACUGAAACAGGACUACAAGAAAAUCAAAGACCACAACAACCAGAGCGGGGCAGACAGAAAAACUGGCAAAUGGUAUGAGACGCUCGACCUCAUAUUGGGCCACAGACCAGCAUAUGGGAACGCCGAAACAAAAGACUCCUCUGCUUCACUUUUGCGGUCGUUGACGCAGAAGGAGAACAACCCACCCUCCCAGCUGCUUGAAGAGCAAAACAGAUCUCUUCUAUCAAAUCCAAUUCCUGUUGCCUGCAGUACCCCUUGUCGCCCAUCAGAAACACCAAUGGCUUUAUCAAGCAAUCCCAUGCCCCUUCUGAGUGACAACCGCCAACCCGCAUCAGAAAACACCGUUGUGAUGUCCUGCCAUUCCCUGCCCUCACAAAAUGCCAGUACCAGCCAGCUUACAUCAGAAAACAACGUUGUGAUGUCCUGCCAUUCCUUGCCCCCACAAAGUGCCAGUACCAGUCAGCUUACAUCAGUAACUACACACCGGUUUCCUGCUUGUCCGGAUUCACAAAUAAUAAGCCAACGCCGCCCAGCUGCCAGCACCCACUGCCAUCCCAGACCUGCAAAGAGGAGAAAGAAUGACACACUGCUUGCAACUGUGCAGGAAUGGCAGGCUUCGGACGCAGAGUACCAAAAGCAACGAAAUGCACAAUUUGACAGGAUGCUACAGGUGUUUGAAGAGCAAAAUCAACACUUUGAAAAGCAGUGUCAGGCUCUGCUGUCUGAGUCCAGCCGGCAACAUCAGAUGGUAAUGGAGGGUAUUCGGGACAUCAUGAACACAAUGUCAAAUCGGCAUGACAAACCCUAAUUAAAAGAAA